UUUGCGCCUAGCUAGCUUAGCUAACGGGCUGAGGAGGCUAACUAGCUUGUAGGUGGUGUCACCUGAUUUCAUCGUUAGUUUGAAUUUGAUAUGACGUCAUAGAAUCAUAACAUGUACCGCAGUUGACGCUGGUUUACAAGCUGGGCUAAUGUAGCUAACUGUGGUGACACAACCCAAACAUCACCUGAGAUCCUCCUGACCACGCACAGCGCCAUCCCCUCAUCACCAUGGAGACGGCCAACACCUACGUGUUGAUCCAUGGGAAGAACAUAUCCCAUAAUACGGUGACGGGCCCCGCUGCCGGGCCUCACAUGUCCAUUGACAAGCUCUUCCCAGCUCUCCUCGAGUGCUUCGGCAUCAUAUUGUGUGGCUACAUAGCUGGCAGGGCAGACAUCAUUACCGAGAGCCAAGCCAAGGGUUUGGGCAACUUUGUGUCGAAGUUUGCUCUCCCAGCGCUCCUCUUUAAAAACAUGGUGCUUCUAGACUUUGUAGAUGUCAUCUGGGCAUUUCUCUGGAGCGUCCUAGUUGCGAAGGUGACCGUGUUUGUCCUGGUGUGUGUGUUGACACUGAUGGUGGCCAGUCCAGACACUAGGUACAGCAAGGCUGGUCUGUACGCCAUAUUCGCUACGCAAAGCAAUGACUUCGCCUUGGGAUACCCCAUAGUUGAUGCGCUGUACCAGAGUACAUAUCCAGAAUACCUCCAGUACAUCUACCUAGUUGCCCCAGUCUCACUCAUGCUACUCAAUCCUAUCGGCUUCGCUCUUUGCGAGGUGCAGAGGUGGCGGCAAGCCAGCCAUCCACAGCGCAGCACCCUGGGAAUCCUGGGAGUUGUAGUCUUACAGGUACUGAAGAACCCCAUAGUGUUUAUGGUUAUAGUGGGAAUCAUCUCCCACUUUGCCCUGGGCCAGCGUAUUCCUGCUGUGUUAUCAGAGUUCAUAGACGGCCUGGCCAACUCUUUUGGAGGAGCAGCUUUAUUUUAUCUUGGCCUUACGAUGGUCGGCCAACUUGGAAAACUAACUAGAGACACUGGAGUGGCUUUGAUCCUCCUCAUCACAGCUAAACUCCUGGUGAUGCCACUUGUCUGUAAAGACAUGGUGGAUAUCCUGGAUGUAGGAGUGAACAGCACAAGUGCCAACCACACCAGUUUGUCCAACUUUGCGUUUCUUUACGGAGUCUUCCCAACUGCACCUAGUGUGGCAAUCUAUGCUGGGCACUACAACAUGGAGUUAGAGGUGGUAACAGCAGGAAUGGUAAUCAGUACAUUUCUGUCUGCACCCAUCAUGUAUGUGUCGGCCUGGCUAUUAACAAUACCUCUGAUGGAUCCCACCCCUCUGGUGACAGAGCUGGAAAAUGUUAGCUUCAACAUCAGCAUUGUUAGCCUCGUAGCACUGGUGUGGACUAUAAUGGUGAUGUUGCUCAGCAGAAAAUUUAACAGACUUCCACAUCUGUUUUCCUUAAACCUGUUCCUGGCUCAGUUCCUAGUGUGCAUCAGUAUGAUUCUGUGGAACUCACUGGCAAAACAAGAUGAUAAUCUUAUCGGUAAAAUUCUCACCUUUGCGCUGCUCUAUGGUUCUUUGUACAGCACCUACAUUUGGGCAGGACUAAUUCCUCUCUGUCUAGCUCUGACUAACAGAGAUGAUCUGCUAAGGCUGCGGCCCGGAAUAUUCAUGAUUUUGGGUUGGGGGGUUCCUUUCCUGAUGGUUGGGGGCCUUCUGCUAUUAGGGGAGAGGACCAAUACAAUAGAUUCUGCCUUUUUCUAUGGCAGGACUCAGAUAAUAAGCACAGCAGUGGUGCUGUCGAUCAGCCUGGUGCUCGGUGCAAUAUCUCUGAUGGGUCUCAGCCAGGGAGACAGGGAGCAGAGAGGCUACCAGGCCCUCAGCAGAGCUGCUGUAACAGGCAUCAAUGAUGAGCCGAGGCCCCCUGGUGGUCAGGAUGAACAACAACAGCCAUCGAUUGCAAAUUCAGCUGCCUGCAGCAUCAACUCAGACGUCCACAGUUCUUCUCCUGUUCAAACCGGACCUGAGGUGAUGUCCAGCACAGAGAGGAUGCACACAAAUGGCACAGGCCACAGUGAGGAGCUGUGUGAUGGGCAGCAGCAGAGCUUUUCCAGCUCAGAGGAGCCAUUGGAUCUGCCGCCACCUGGCCUUCAACCACAAACAGACGACAGUCAGACAAUCAGACACAUUCUGCUGUGUCUGCUGCUGAUCGUCAGCCUGCUGGCAAACCUGUCCAGCUGUCUGUGGUGGCUGUUUAAUAAAGAUCCAGGAAGACUUUACCUUGAACUUCAGUUUUUUUGUGCUGUGGCAAACUACGGACAGGGUUUCCUGUCCUUUGGGAUCUUUGGUCUGGACAGACACCUCAUUAUGCUGCCCUUCAAAAACAGGUUUCUGGGCCUGUGGCAGAGCCGGGACAACGAGGAUCUGAUUCCUUCAGGUGCGGCAGAGGAUGUCCGGCUCACCUGUACUCAGUUUGUGCGCUACCACAAAGAUCAGUGUGUACAAGACAUAGUACACGCUCACAGGUGUGAUGGAGGAGGAGGACUGGAGGAGGAGACUGGGGCUUUGAGACACCCCCCUUCACAUUCACCUCAGGAGCAACAAAACCAAGAGCCACAUAAUCUCCACCAGAAUAAGCAAACUCAUGAUGGAGCUCCAUCCCGUGACCAGUGUUUGCUUCCAACCCAACCCCAGUCAGAGCUUGAGAAUGAAGACACAAAAGGUUUUUCCACCUCUGAUAUGCGACAGGAGCACAUUUGCCAGCUCCGGUCUACUGGUGACCUGCACCAGCAUGAUGAUGGUUCUAGCGUGUCACAUGUUCCUCAACAAUCCCAGUCCUGUGUCCAAAGUGUCUUUCGUGGCAGCGACCUUGUGGACUGGUUGACUGAGCGGGGCCUGUGUGCUGGACGAGCAGAGGCCCAAUCCUACGGUGUCAGACUCCAACGGGGAGGUGUGUUGGACCACCUAGCAGGUCAGUACAGCUUCAGGGACAGCACCCUGCUGUAUCAAUUCACACCGGGGUCCAAAAGAUGCAAAGAGCAGGCAGUGAGGAAGAAGGAACCAGCACAGAGCUAAAGAGCAGCAAUGACUGACAGACACAGAAGUGCCUUUAUGGGGCCAAUUCUCUACUGAUCAAUUAAUAGCAAAUCCAUAGGGGCUAAGGGUCCUGAAGUCAAGUCUGACACUGUUACUUAUACAUGGAGAUGAUGUGAAAUCAUAGAUUGAUCGGCGCAUUUAUGUUGUGUCCAUGUGUUCACAGCUGGCUGCUCCUCGUUGUUCAGGUUUCAACCUGUGGCUCUAGCUGUUUAUCAUCAUUGUCCUUUUAUGAACUUCCUUUAUACAUUUCCCUUUGACCCCAUUUCUCACAGAAAGACCAUUCUGAGUCGUGGCAGUGAUAUUUGGGAUGUGGUGAUAUUUAAAGCGUCAUUAAGCUUGUGGGUGCAGGGUUUGAUGUUGUCAUUUUGUCUUUCACAGUACAGGAACACAUCCUGAAUCUGCCCCUUAUAUCAUUUGAUAUUCUGCCCUUUUGUCUUAAUGAACCACUGCUGACUACUGUACAUGGACAACUGUGCUUGCAUGACUCUGAGCAGAGUAGACUUCUGUUCCACCCUGAACCGUUUGCACUGAAUGACAAAAAAUAUAUUGAUCAUCUUAAAUUAUGCAACUUUCUGAACAUCCGUCUGAAGCAGAUAUUUGUUUUCUUUGCACUGUCUGAUUAUUUACCUUUUGAAACGUGUUUUAAACUGAUGGUGACCACAUCAGUAAUCUCUCCUGGUGUGUUGUACUGUACACAAAACCACUACUGAGCUGUUUACAAAUGACUGAGUGGACUCUUCACUACAGCCAUUAUUUGCCCAUUAAGUAGCUGCUGAUUUAUGGUAUUCAUACACUGAUGUGUUGCUGUUCUGGCCAGUAGAUGAUAAUGAUGAUGGAUGUUGAUGUAUCCAAACACACUGACAGAUGAUGCAGCUGGACAGUAUUUUUUCAUUGUUCUCUGAGCAAAAUGUUUAAUCAGUUAGUGACCGCGGACGUUUGUAGAGCAAAGAGAGAAGGUUGUUCUGUUCUCUACAGUUUAGGCAUAGAAGCUUCCUAGAACCAGGUUCAUGUGCGUGCGUCACCUCUCUGUCGGGUCCGUUUACUUUCUGAUAAACGUCUGUGCAUGAGAUGACGUGUGGUGAGAGAACUGAUGGGAUGAGGCAGACUUUAAUGCUGUGUAACAGUAACAAGUGUGUUGUUGGUAAUUCAACUGGACGAACAUGACGGUUGUGUUGUAUUGCUCUAAUUCAAUCAGGGUCACUAAAACCUCAAAGGCACAAAUAAAAUUCUCUUUGCAUCAAAAA